UAAUAAUCACUUCGGUUUUAGCUUUGCUCUUUGCUGGUUGACUAACCAUUCAUUGUCCAGUAAUCCUAGCAACUACAAUUACUUAGCAGAGUGCUAUAAGUGAAGUGUCAAGUCAGUUUUGUUGUUAAAAAUGUGGAAAAGGGGGCUCCUCUCCGAUCCAGAUGAGGACGAUCCGGUAAUUCUUGAAGGGUUACGAAGAAUGUAUACGAUGCAAGAUUUAUUUGAUUGCAAGUUCUUAGUUGGACCCGAGAAAGUGCCUUUUGGUGCACACAAGCUGAUUCUAGCGAUGGCUUCGACAGAGUUUAAAAGACUGCUUUAUUCAGCAAGUGGUGAUGAGCCGAUACCUCUACAUAACUUCGAACCAAAGACAUUUGAACUACUGUUAAGAUACAUUUACCUAAACGAAUCGCCUUUGGAUAAAAUUGAAGAUGAAAAACAAAUAAUUAGUCUUUGGUAUGCUACAUCGCGGAUUGAUCUAAACAACUUGAGAGAUAAAUGUUCCAAAAAGAUUAAAAUAAAUGUUUCUACCUGUUUAUUUGCAUAUCGCAAAUCAUUGCUAUUACAUUAUGACGACAAGUCAGUAAUAAUUAUUUCAAGAUGUGAAAAGUUGAUUGCUGUGAAAACUCCAGAUAUUUUAGCGAGGAUUGUGGACGACGACAUACAGGCUGACCUUCUAAAGUCCCUGUUUGCAGUAAAGGUGAUGGUGUCGGAAAGUGAACUGGAUUUAUUUGAGACAUUGGCUAAAUAUGCUCAUGCGCACGGUUGGAAACCCAGCGAGCAAUAUUAUGAAAAGGAUAAAAAUGGCAAAAAAAAUGCUACCUUUCAAAAGAAAAUACGCGACGCUCUAAAAGAAAUCGGGUUCUUAAGCAUGACGCUGAAGGAAUUCGACGAAGGUCCAUCCAAGUCGGGGUUUUUGACUGAGGAAGAAGUGACAAUGAUCCGGAAAAAAAUAGCAAAUGACAGUCCUAUGCAUCCAUUUGGAUUUUCGAGACAAACCACGAAACGUCGAUAUGAGAUUAUGCAGCAGAAAGAUAUAAAAAUAAUUGAAGUUGAGAACAAAGACAUUGAAAAACUAACUUUCACUACAGUUGCACCUAUGAAGUCUGAAAAUAAAAGUUUGUGGGUCACUCACUCAUUUUUAUUCUGUGGUUUGUUUUGGAAAAUUAUAAUAUAUAAAAUAAAUAUAAGAAGGGACAAACAUGAAUACUCUGUUUACUUAAAAUGUGAGGGUUCAACGACUCCAGAAUGGAAAUGUCACGCCCAACUUGACAUUAUUUUUGAUUGGGGUGAUAGAUACCAAGGCCAAGUGUUCGAAAAUAUACCGUGGUUUUGUUUUCAUCCGGGUUAUAACUACAGCCAAAUGAAGCCGAGAGAUAUCAGCAUAUUUCAGAACAAACCAUUAAAAUGCCACUUUGAGUUGAGCACUUCGAAGCACCGGGUUUCUUAUAAAAAUACCGAUUCGAAUGUAUCUCUAACCUACGGAACAAAUGUACGCGACUACGAGUAAGGCAACAGUGUUGCCUUUUCUGGUGGGCUUUGGAGCGGGCUCGGUGUUGCGGCAACACCGAGCCCGCUCCAAAGCCCACCAGAAAAUGAUACGGAGCCCCCGGGCCCUGGCUAUACCUAAGGAACCCCGGCAUCCCAACUAAUAUUAUAAAUGCGAAAGUAACUCUGUCUGUCUGUCUGUCUGUCUGUCUGUCUGUCUGUCUGUCUGUCUGUCUGUCUGUCUGUCUGUUACGCUUUCCCGCUUAAACCUCGCAACCGAUUUUGAUGAAAUUUGGCAUAGAGAUAGUUUGAGUCCCGGGAAAGAACAUAGGAUAGUUUUUAUCCCGUUUUUUGAAACAGGGACGCGCGCGAUAAAGUUUUUCUGUGACAGACAAAAUUCCACGCGGGCGAAGCCGCGGGCGGAAAGCUAGUAUACUAAUAUUACAAAGUAGAUCUAUAACUCUUAGGGCUCGCGCACGCACGGGUGAUUUUUUGUCACCUCCAUAACUCCAUACAUCUUAUAGUUCCAAUAUACUGAACUGUCCUAUCCAUGACAUUGACAGCGGGGCGCCACCGGAUCGCUGGUUCCGAUUUUUGCCAUGUUGUAAACCAUAUAGUUGAACGAUGGUAACGCCCCCCUGUCAUUGAGUUUGGUGGGACAGUUCAGCGUGGGUCAUUUAUAGUUCCAAAAUACUGGACUGUCCUAUCGAUGACAUUGACAGUGGGGCGCCACCGUCAAUACCGGGUCGCUGGUUCCGAUUUUUGCCAUGUUGGAAACCAUAUAGUUGAACGAUGGUAGCGCCCCCCUGUCAUUGAGUUUGGUGGGACAGUUCAGCGUGGGUCAUCUAUAAACAGAGGUGACAAAAACUUUCUGUCACUGUCACGUCGCUACGUGCGCGCACCUCGAUGCAUCUCCAUGGAGUUGUUAGUGACGAAACAGUUACGGCGACACAAGCCACGGGUGACUUUUCGUUGGGCGUCGUGACAGGUGACAGUGACAAACAUCACAGUGGACAAACAUUUCAAGGCGACAAGUCACCCGUGCGUGCGGGCCUUCAGCGCCCCGAUUACGAUACGGAUUGGUCAAAACAGCUGACGUCAACUGUUUUGACCAAUCCGUAUCGCAGAAUCGAAGAAGCGCGUCUGUAUUGGAAACGUUAAAAUUAGCGUAAUCGGGGCUCUGGGAGCUCCACAUUCCACAUCCAAACAAUAGGGCGUUUGGCGGAAAAUAGCAUCCUUUUAGCGUUAAGUGCUGUUCCUGUUAAAAUCACUUGAAGUUUAGCAAACGUGUCCUAGCCGAAAACAUGAUAAAGCACAGAAUUGUGUGCUAAAGUUUUGGCUGCGUUCAACCGAUAGUUAGCAUUGUUAAAAUUUGCUACCAAAACGAAAACAUUAGCAUUGUUUUUGGCUAGAACACGUUUGCUGAACUUCUAGGUUACCUAGGCAGUUUACCUUAUAUUUAUCAAAUUAAUUAAUUGAUUAAAAAAUUUAUUGAUUAGUGCCAACACUGGUGCCAACCCUACCAAAAUAGGUAUAAAUUUUGCUAGCUCUUUAGAAGAUUUGUCUCUGUUCAGUUUCUUUACUCAUGUGGUAGCAGUGUAUAACUUGACACAUUGUAAUAGUAGUGUUGUAUUAUUAUUAUUACACAUAAUUCAUAGUAUGUAUUACGACUUUCCAUUAAAAUGAAGAGUAACAGUGCUGUUUGAGUAAUAAACCUUCAUGACUUACUCAAUUUAUAGCCUGACCAGGAACAUAAAAACCCUGGCAUAGAGGCGCGUCAAUUGCAUUUGAUAGUGCAACACUGGGUACAGUCGUACCUGUAUUAAAUUAAUAGGCUAACUUUAUGUAUCAGGAUUCAGGAUUAUAGGCUAAUUUAAUAUUUUCAUAAAUUAACAAAAAAAUAUUAUAUUAUAGGUAAACUGGUUUAAAUAAAUUAAAUGAAACCAUCAAUCGAGCAAGUAGGAUUUUAUUAUUAUUCAUCAAUAAUCAAAUUCUGAACUUGAAUAUUCAACUACAAUGUCUGCUCAUGAACGCUUCAAACUCGGUACUUCUUUCCCAAUUCCAUAAAACUCAACACUUUAAACUUUAAAUUAUGUAGUUGAAACAAACCACAGCUAAUUUUCAUAGUUGACUGUACUAUGCAAUAAACAUGUCAGUCAAUUUGACAACCUUUGUCGGAAACAUUAUUCAAUGAAAAUAUUGUCCGAACCCUUAGUAUUUCUCUUCGACAAAUACUUUAACACAUUGUGAACCACUUUUCUUUCACGACUAUAAAAAGUUUUUAGCAAUUUAAUUCAGAAAAUCAAUUGCACACAUUUAUAAUAAAGUUUGUUUACACUUUGACAGCAAUAGACUGACAUGCAAGGUGACAUUUCAAUGAAGUUUUCAGUUACUGUUGCCAUUAAAAGAAAUUAGUACCAUUAAUUUUCCGCAACAUGGCGAGGGUUUUUAUGUUCCUGGUCAGGCUAUAAAAGUAAGUUACUAAGUAGGUAUGUUUUGAAUCUCUCUUAUUUUCUCUCGUCAAUGUAUAAUGUAACAUUUUAUAUUAUUGUUUGUGACUAUAUUUUCUUAUCUGUUUAACUAGUAAAAUAAUUAUAAAAAUUGUUUAAUAAACAAUAUUUAAAUUAAA